AUGUCCAUGCAUCAGAACCUUGAGGAUGCGAUAUGUCUUCUGGCGUUAAUCUCAGACCGUCCACCGGGCCUCAAAGCACCAACACAAGAGAUGGAACCUAGUGAUAUCGAUAGAGUGUUGGAGUCUUAUCCCAACGACGAGGAAUUCAAAGACCCAAAAGAUCCAACUGUCCUGAUCCAGAGGGUGAACAAUACCGCAUCGAGCUUAAAAACCAAUUCCUCGACCGAUUUGCCGAAACUCUAG